ACCUCCGGCGAGCCCGCAGCUAUGAGCGGGUCCUUCUGCCGGCUGCCCGCAGCCCUGUGGCAGUGGCGCGGCGCGCGGCCCACGAUACUCUUGGCGCGGCUGCUGAGCCAGGCCGGCGGCGGAGGUGAGGGCGUCGCUUCGGUCGCCAGGUCGAAGGAGGCGGUGGGGCGCCUGGGGCGCGCUCACCCGGUGGUGGUGUUCAUGAAGGGCAGCCCCGCGCAGCCCCAGUACGGCUUCAGCAACGCUGUGGUGCAGAUCCUGCGCCUGCACGGCGUCAGCGACUACCGCGCCUACGGCAUCCUGCAGGACCCCGGCCUGCGCCAAGGAAUCAAAAACUAUUCCAACUGGCCUACUAUUCCCCAGGUCUUCCUGAAUGGUGAAUUUGUAGGGGGCUGUGAUAUACUUCUUCAGAUGCAUCAAAGUGGGGACCUAGUGGAGGAGCUUAAGAAAUUAGGAAUUCGCUCUUCACUUCUGGAUUCGGAGAACAACCACGGAAAAAAAUAAGCAAGUGACUGCUAUGACUUUGACAAAGACAACUUUUGACAAUUUGGUACCAGAAAAGCCUUAUGGGAUUUAGCUCAGAAAGGCAACUUUUUGAACUAACAAUGAGGUUUAUAUAAUAUGUUACCCACUCUACUGUACAAUAGACUGAUAUGUGGCUAUUCUGUUUUGAAUUUUUUUUUAAGCAUAGCUCUGUUAAUCAAAUGUUUUACAAUCAAAGUAAAUAAGUAGUUCACUUCUAAAAA